AACUCCUCCUUCCCAGUACACUUUGCGCGGGGAUGACAGGUGGGGCUGGGCCAAGCUCCGAGAAGCCAAAAUGGCGGACUUUGAGGAUCGGGUAUCAGAUGAAGAGAAGGUGCGUAUAGCUGCAAAAUUCAUCACCCAUGCACCUCCUGGGGAAUUCAAUGAAGUGUUUAAUGAUGUUCGGUUGCUGCUUAGCAAUGACAAUCUUCUUAGAGAAGGGGCAGCUCAUGCAUUUGCCCAGUAUAACAUGGAUCAGUUUACCCCUGUGAAGAUAGAAGGGUAUGAUGAUCAGGUCUUAAUCACAGAACAUGGUGAUCUUGGUAAUGGACGAUUUUUAGACCCAAGGAACAAGCUUUCCUUUAAGUUUGAUCACUUAAGGAAAGAAGCAAGCGACCCUCAGCCAGAGGACACAGAUGCCGCUCUAAAGUCCUGGAGGGAUGCCUGUGACAUUGCAUUAAGAGCAUAUGUGAAAGAUCACUAUCCUCAUGGCUUUUGUACUGUUUACAGUAAGAAUAUAGAUGGCCAGCCAACAGUCAUUGCUUGCAUUGAAAGUCACCAGUUUCAGCCCAAAAACUUCUGGAAUGGGCGCUGGAGAUCAGAAUGGAAGUUUACCAUCACACCACCAACCGCUCAGGUGGUUGCAGUGCUCAAGAUCCAGGUGCAUUACUAUGAAGAUGGUAAUGUUCAGCUGGUUAGCCACAAAGAUGUACAGGAUUCUGUAGCAGUUUCGAAUGAUGUUCAGACAGCCAAGGAAUUUAUUAAAAUAAUUGAAAAUGCAGAGAAUGAGUAUCAGACAGCAAUCAGUGAAAAUUAUCAGACUAUGUCAGAUACCACGUUCAAAGCCUUACGCCGCCAACUGCCUGUCACCCGUACCAAGAUUGACUGGAACAAAAUUCUCAGCUACAAGAUUGGCAAAGAAAUGCAGAAUGCCUAAGGCUAGAACAGAGGUACUGUAGGAAAUGUUAGCAUGCAAAGAAAACAUGGUCCUAGGCUGUCUAACAUGUUGGCAUUCUCUAGGGCUUUCAAAGUUAACAGGUUUUCUAGCCUUCUGGAGGACUGUCAAACAUAGCAUUGUCUUGUUUUGUGUGUCCCUGCCAUUUACACUUCCUAUAUAAAAGUCAUGAUGCAUUUCCUAGCAGGCGUUCCUUAUUUGGCCACUUUAGGAUCAGUGCUAUCCUUGUAUUGGUUGGAAAACUUCUUAGCAAGGAAAUGCAGGCUGGUAAUACUAGGAAUACUAUUCCGGAACUCUUGCCAGCACUCCAGGUUUUAUAUUAAGUUUAAUAGGACUGCUGGCAGCUCUGUGCUGUUGCACUGCACCUGAAACAAUUUAUUCAAGUCUACCCCCACAUCUGCCAAUCACCACAUAGCAAUAUCUCUUAGGCUUUGCUUUUCAUGUUUGCAAAGUGUUUACAAUACUCCUCCCAGAAAUCCCACAAAGGCCAGAACUUCUGGAAAUAUUUUUUUUGGUGGUCUUUUUUUUUUUUUUUGGGUGGGGGGAGUUGCAUUUGUUUUUUAAAUCCAAAGACUUGAGCCACAUUUUCUUCAAGUGAACUGUUUAUCUCUUUUCCUGAAAGCACGGUUAAUAUAGAAAUCUGCAUUUUUACAGGAUGCAUCCUCCUUUUUUUUAAUACUUGUCUGAUUGCUGCCACAGCACUGUUUAGAUGCAGAAGAAAUUACAAAAGUGAAAAGCUGUAAAUGUUUAAUGAACACCAGAUUUAUUGUGCUUUAAUGCUUUGUGGCAAUUUGAUGAUAUUUGUAUCAGAUGUAUGAAUGGACAUGUCCAAGUGGUCAAUAAAAAUGGCACCCAAGCA